GUGAUGCAUAAUUUAUCUACUGAUGCGCAGACCGGUUGUCACUCUGCGCAAACAGACGAUCCUCGGACCUGUCGUAUCUUCAACCGUCCUAAAGCUGGUGGCUGGCAGGUGAAAAACAUCCAAGAUGGCUGACACCUCGCCUGAGCAGCCGCCGACCGGGUUUAACGGUCCGUCCGUAAAAGACAGCGGGCUCGCAGACGGGCAGCAGACCAACGGAGUCAAUGGGAUGGGGUCACCUGACCUGGCUGACGCCAUGAAUCAUGUCAACAUCAAUGUGCCUGGAAAACCUGACGUCCUUGAAAAACAAGGACCGAAGGAAAGCAUGGAGGGAGCUGAAACUUUGGAAAUUGCUGCUACAGACGCUCUACACUCCUCUACUAAAGCAGGUAGUGUCAGUGAAAAAGAGGUGAACGCAAACUUUGGUGCCAUGAAGAGUGAGACAGAUGGACAGGGGAAUCAGAAAGGGAGGAGAAAACGGACAAUCCACGUGUCAAAUCUGCUGCUACGGUGGACAACGUUGGUCAGUGCCCAUCUACGUCAGCCUCACAAGGGCAAGAAGAGUCGCAGCCCUCCACAUUGA